CUCUUCCAGCAGUACGUGCCUCCCCCCUUCCGCAUCCCGGGUACCAGCCUUGCCUACAGCUUUGGGAUCGCAGGCUCAGGUUCUGGUGUUCCCUUCCACUGGCACGGCCCUGGUUUUUCUGAGGUGAUCUUCGGCAGGAAGCGCUGGUUUCUGUACCCACCGGAUAAAACACCCCACUUCCACCCCAAUGAGACAACACUGGCCUGGCUCCAGCAUACAUACCCCAUGCUGUCACCAGCUGAGCGGCCACUGGAGUGCACCCUCCGUCCCAGGGAGGUCCUGUACUUCCCUGACCGCUGGUGGCACGCCACACUCAACCUGGACACCAGCGUCUUCAUCUCUACCUUCCUGGGGUAAGGCUGGGAGCAC